UGCUCUUUCAGGAAGAGACGCAUCAUCGUCACAGCUUUGACAACAACGGGGACAGUGGCAAAAACAUCGGCCUGUCCGGCAGAAUUUUCCUCUUUUUCGCAAGUGGAAUUCAUAUGAAAAGGACAAAUGAAGUGACCGCCAGGAUACAAUGUCAUCGUUCCAGGUGGUGGACUCAUCACCAGGCAGCAGCGUCAGCGUCAUGGAAACGUCCAACUUUGCCCACGUCAUCUUCCAGAAUGUGGGGAAGAGUUUCCUGCCCCAGGCACCCCUGGAGUGUCGCUACACCCUGACACCUUACAUCGCUCCCCACCCAAAAGACUGGGUGGGCAUCUUCAAGGUGGGUUGGAGCACAGCCAGAGAUUACUAUACUUUCCUUUGGUCUCCUAUGCCUGAAAACUAUGAACCAGGAAGUACUGUGCACAGGACUGUGGUGUUUCAAGGUUAUUAUGUUCCUAAAUCUGAUGGAGAAUUCUACCAGUUUUGUUAUGUGACACAUGCUGGUGACAUUAGAGGAGCCAGCACACCCUUCCAGUUCAGAUCAGCCACACCCACUGAAGAGCUGCUGACUGUUACCGAGGACGACAGCAACUCAGACAUACUGGUCGUCACCACCAAGACUGGCCUGCUAGAGCAUGUGGAGGAGGCGCAGCAGGAGCGCAGGGAGCUGCUGAAGGCCAUGCGUCUCCUACAGGAGGAGAAGCAGCAGCUGCAGGAGGAGCAGAAACGACUGGCCAGGGAGAGGGAGCAGGAGAGGGAGACAUGCUGCCUACUGCGGACACACAACCAGGAGCUGCUGCGCUCGUCGCAGGGCCUGUCAGAGGAGAGGGAGGAGGUGAGGAGAAGACUGACAGAGGCCACGGACCGGGUCCGCCAGCUGGAGGAGGACCUGCUGGGAGUCACCCAGAGAGGCCUGCAAAAGGAGACGGAGCUCGAUUGCCUGCGUGAUCGUCUGAAGAAGCUGACAGCAGAGAGAGACAGCCUGGAGAGCCAGCUGAAGAACGAGAAGGACGAGAGAGACCUCUACAAGGCUCACCUGCGCAGCACCGAGCUGGAGAACACAAAGCUGAGUGCAGAGCUGCAGAUGCUGAAGGCGGUGGAGCUGAACCGGGAGGUGACCAUUGCCCAGUUCCAGGAGGAGCUGGAGAGGCUCAGGGCCUGCGUUGCCCAGCGGGACAGCCUGGAGAAAGAGCUGCUGGCACACAAGGCUGACAAGACAGAGCUGGCCCAUGUGCGUGAGCUCCUCCGUCAGACAGAGGAGCAGCUCCAGGCGUCCCGGCAGCAGGCCUCCCUGCUGGCAUCGGAGCUCCGCGACUCAGCCAGCGCCCGUGACCACACAAUGACCGAGCUGUACCGCGCCCGCUUGGAAGCUGACAAGCUCCGUGCCAGUCUAGCCGAUGCUCAGGCCGAGUGCCAACGCAUGGAGAGCCAACUAGACCGCAUGAGGAGCACUGCACAGAAGGAAGUGGGUGUUGGGACCAGUGGGGAGAUGACACCCAGCAUCUUGGUUGUGUCAGAGGCGGAGGCCGAGCUGCAGAGGGAGGUGGAGGAGCUGAAGCUGCGUCUUCACAUGGCUGCUGAGCACUACAAGGAGAAGUACCGGGAGUGUCAGCGUCUCCGCAGGCAGGUGGCUAAACUGAACUCAACCGAGUCACAGGGGGAGCCAAAGAGAAAUGCAUCCACCGAGACAACACAGGAGACACUGACCCCUAGUCCAGAGUCACCAACAGCAGGGAAUAUAGCUGCUGCAGUCCUACAAGAAGCUGUCGGGAUGACAAUCACUCCAGAACUUAAUCACAGGGAAUCUGCACAUACAGAUGCAAAUAUCAGCACAGAGAAGGAAGAGAGACAAAGAGAGAAAAUGCCAGAGGAGAGGGCUGAGGUGGAGGCUGAGGGAGACGCAAACCGAGGAGAGGACAGACCGAAAGAAGACAAAGAGAAAGAGGAGAAGAAGGACAGCCUGCCGGAGGAGAGCCUGAGGAUGACGAGCUGGGUGGAAGUGGAGAACGAGAGGCCGAGUGCCCAGGAGGACAGCGAGGUGGAAAUGGCAGGAAAGGAGGAAGUCGAGGAUGCGAGGGAUGUUGUGGAGGGGAGGAGCAUGGGGGAGGCAGAGAAGGAACAGACCCGCUCUGUGGAAGAGGAGCUGGCGAUGAUGGAGGAGAAGUGGAGGGAGCAGUGUGCGAUCAACGAGACGCUCAAACAGCGGCUGGCCAACGAGGAGGAGCGAUUCAGAGUGCAGAUGGCAGAGCGAGCCGGGGAGGUGACGGAGCUGAAACGCAGCCUCGCUCAGGCCCUCAGAGACAAGGAGCAACUACAGGAGGAGCUGCAGCGCUACAUGUCCAGGCAGAGGGAACAGGAAGUCGGUGUUCAGGGUGCUGAGAUGAGGCAGCCGAUGGUGCUGCGCUACCCCCUGCCAUACCCUCAGGACCCCUCUCCUCCCCCACUGGUGCCACAGAGGCCAGCUGAGUUGCAGUACGGCAAUCCCUACUCCACUGACACCUCGAGAGACCGGGCAGACGUUGCGCUGUCUCCAGAACACAUGUCCCGUCCUCCACCUGAGGCCCCACCCUGCGCCCCUCCCUGCGCACCCCCGAUCGCGCCGCCGAGUCCGGGCCCCGGGGCACCAGGCUGGGAACGAGAGGUGGUCUGCAUUCAGCCCUCCCGCACCACAAGUCCCCCGGAGAGCCUGGAGCAUCCACUGGAGGAGCCACGAAAUGCUGCCGAUGGGGCUCAGUCAUCCUGUGAUCAUCAGUCCAGUAGACGGAGUGAAAGCAGGAGCAGCUUCUGCUUUGACUCCAGGAGCGACGUCCACAAGCGCUGCCCGUUAUGCGAGGUGAUCUUCCCGCCCCACUUCGAGCAGCGCAGCUUCGAGCAGCACGUGGAGAGCCACUGGAAGGUCUGUCCCGUCUGCUCCGAGCAGUUCCCCCUCAACUGCCAGCAGCAGCUCUUCGAGAGGCACGUCCUCACGCACUUUGACGGCCACGUGCUCAACUUCGAGCAGAUUGAAUGAAGGGCGCUGAGGGCAACCGGAGAGGUCUGACAUACUGUAUGGGUAAACGUGUGUUGUCAGCUAUUAGUUCAUUUUGAUUAGGAUUCGGUUAAGUAUUCUUGUUAAUAUACAAUCAUUAGCACUUUUUUUGCAAUCUUAACAAAGGUUUGAAAGAAUGUAGUCCACUUUUGAAAGGAAGCAGAGUUUGUCCUACUCCACCAAGGUGUUUAUUAAGUAGGGUAGCUUUCACCUUAAUACACAAUAGGUAAAAGGAUCCGCAACACUCGGGAAUAGUGCCAUGGUCCUGAACUUUUUCAUUCAUCGUUUUUUAUGCUCAUCCUGCCGCUUCGAGGUUGCUAAAACACUGCUGGUAGCGCAUGCAUUUAUUCUGUGUUCACAACAGUUCAAAACUACAGCACUUCAAGCUAGAGGGGUGAAUUGUAGCAGGAGCUGGAAUCAGAAAAAAACAUUUUAGUAUGCUGAUGUCCCCGUUCUUUAACUGCCCUGAACAUGUCUUCACGAGUAGGAUUCUGUUGUGGUAAAGCGGCCAGGAAGUCCUCAUCCUUUAAUUGUCUACAUGAUUCAAAGAGUUUGGAAAGGCUGGAGAGAGAUAAAAGAUUUUUUUUUCAAGUGUAAAUGCAGAGCGAGAUCUGAAUAUGUGAUGUCUUAAAGAGUCAUCCGAGUGUGUGUGUAUAUCACUGAAGAAUGGUGUGGUGGAGAUUUUUGUGACUUGAAUGGGAAGUGACUUCUCCCAAACUACAGUACUACCGUACAUAUGAUAGUGUUUUGCAAAGACGUCAGAUGGUUUAAACAAAAGCAGCACUAUGUUUUCAUGUAUCUGCACUAAAUAAGGCUUUAUUCUGAAUGUACUGUACAUAUGAAAAUGAGUAUAAGUUGUGGCAAGACUUGUAAGUUACUGUCGUGACCCUAACACCCCCAGCCCCCACCCCCAUCUUCCACUUGUAACUUCCCUCAUGUUUUGGUGAUGACACAAUGAUGGACCAAUGAUGUUUUACUGCAGUAAGACGCUGGGAAAAUAGGCUGCAGGACUCUAAGUUACAGACACUUUUAUUGACAUGUACUUCCACGUUUUAAAAUUAGAAUUGUGACGAAAAUCAUAGCUUUGUGUGCAGGUCCACAUCAUGAGAGUGUCAUUUAUGCGUGUGUGUGUGUGUGUGUGUGUGUAUGUUUCCACAGGGCUCCAUAUCACUGCUUGUCUAUUUUCUUUCAUUACAAAGUGACCCCUGACAGUGUUGUGUUCAGGCUUUAAAAAUUGCACAUGCCCAGUAAUCACAAGGCAAACGUGUGUGUGUCAUGUGUCUGAUGCAGCCCUUUUCAUGUGAGAAUGUCACAACGGUGGUUGAAGUGUGUACUGCAAAGAUCUUUAUGAAUAAACUAAGCUUGUCUA